GUCCUUUCCCGGCCAGAGAUAUCCUGGCACUAUCCUUUCGCCGAUGGGUACGAGUAGGUAGUGAGGUCUGCGAUAGCCUGCGAAUCCUCAGCCAUCUCUUCUCCGCUGGUUUGCUGGUAUCUUUCCCGACCUCGACCACGCACUCACACUCGCUUUGACCUUGCCGACAUAGACACGUUCGCGACAUGCAGCCUGCCCGUCCCUGAUCUCUCUUGUCCCUACCCUCUUUAUGCGCUUCGCCUCUCGCUUGGAACACCGUGGCAGGCACUCUUGAGCAACUAUUGUUGAAGGAAGUAGAGGAGGAAGUGGUCGCGCACAGUCCUAUUCGCGGAUAGUUGUGAUGCUGGAUUGAGCCAUCUGGCAAGGUGCGCAUUUUGCACGUUCACUCGUUACAAGAAGAAUCAAACAUUCGCUCCGAGACAUAAGAAAAGAGUUGGGUGAAUUUUCACAAGCGACAGAAUGCGUCGCUUUUGGUCCCUCGUUUCACUCUAUGUGGCCGUGGUCCAUGCGGAGGACUUCAGAGGGAAUGCGAGGACACCGCUCAGGUUCAUACCUAAAGGAACUGUUGGCUACACAAAUUCGACGAUAUUAUAUCAGAACACGACCACUUCUCCUACAGAAUCACCUUCGUUCCCAACAUCUUCGGACGAUGCUAUCACACACUCAAUAACCUCAACGCCCCAUACGGUCAUAGGGAUAUACACCAACACCUCCACCACUCUACCAGAGACUACGACUAACAAUACUACGGACGACACUCCAUCAUGUACCGGGUCAAUCACGUAUUAUGGCUCCGUCCCACCGACAGUCUAUGUCACAGUCACAGAGGGCUUCGAUGUGACUGUCACGGCUAGCAAUGUAUCCAUCACUGACACUCCUACCCUAAUCACUCCUCUGCCAUACUGCCAACAGACCAUCAUGCCCGGUGCAGGCCCAGUCGCUCCCGACGCAUCUUUUGUUUCGGCCUCGUUCGCUGCUUCUUCUCCUCCGGCCGUUGCAAAAUCAUCUGGUAAUCUCCCUUUUCUCAGUCUGAGUAAAGGCCCACCAGCGCCAGCUCCCCCAGAACCAACGGAAACCACGGCUCUAGCGGGUUCUUCAGUCUACGCAAGCGUUCCUUAUACCAGCACAGUUAUCAUUACCAAGAAGACACCGGUCACAGUGGUGGCACCUCCGACCAGUUCGCCGGACAUCAACUUCCAUCCUACUCCUCCCAGUUCGAGGCCACCGUCAGGACCGUCUUCUGUCAACGCAAACGCUAGCGGGGGUAAAAAUGAUGGCAAUCCUGGAAACAACGGCAGUGGAAACCAUAACGGUAAUGAUGCAAAUCCUCUCUCGCCUGGUGGAGUUGGCGCCUCUCCAACGAAGAGCACAGUGACAACCUUCCCAUCCCUGACCAAUACUGCUGGACCAACACCGGGCACACUGGUCGUGCCGUCAACCACGCGGUCCGGUAUCGGCAACAUCAUUGCUUCAAUCAUCUAUUCACCAUUCGCAACGCGCUUACCUACUGGACGACCAGCAUUCGCACCCACCACCACCACAGUCGACAACAUCCCCAUUGUGGUUUCCGAAUCUAGGGUUAUCAUUGGAACCCAAACUGUGGAUGUACCCAGAUCUUCGUCAACAGUAGUACACGCCGGGGGAGACGACUUUACUGUCCGGCCAAGCAUCAUCGUUGCGCCGACGGCUACCAUAACCUUAACACCCGUUCAACAGCACGAUGCAUCUACAGUCUCUCCUGCGACAACCACAUUCACCACUGCUAUCGGAGACCUGACGAUUACAGUCGGCCCAACUGUAGCCAUUAUUUCGGGGACAACAUAUCGGAUCGGCGAUAACGCUCCAGCAACAACUAUCUCUGUGCACGGAACAAAGGUCUCGAUUGGCUCGGAAGGUAUAGGCCUCCCAAGUACAACAAUAGUCCCUGGGGGAGCGUCGUUUGUCGUGGUCACCGCAGAAGGAUUGACGUUCUCCUUGGACGAGAGUGAAGCAAUCUUUAGUGGUACGACAUACCGCAUCGGCUCAAACGCGCCUCAAGUUACCACGACAGUUGCGACUGACAGUAUUUCCUUUGGCCCUGGUGGAAUCGGAUUGAAGUCGACGACGAUUCUGCCAACUGCUGCUCCACAUCCAACGGUGCAAACUAGCGAGCCAUCAGUCACCUCGGCGCGUGGCGCUGCGGCAAGCGAAUCUGCAAGCGCUGAUAGUGCAGCGUCUUCCAGGUUCAAACCUCUGGAUAUUAUCUUCAGCUGGAAUGCAUUGGCCAUAUUGCUGUGUUUAUUUGUUUGAUCUCACUUUCUCACUUUGGCAUGUAUGGUGUUGGAGGAGCAAGGAGAUACUGGCGUGGAUGGCAAAAUGUUUUUGAUUUGCAACGGGUGAUAAUGGACACUCUUUUUGGCGGCAAUUUUCAGCCGUCCGUACGACUUGAUAUGAUACCCAGCUAUAUAAUGCGGCACAUGAACUUGGAUACGGUAUUGGGGCUCGAGUUGGACUUGGGACGAUGCUUUGUUUUGUGCAGGCUGGGUCGGAGGAAUUGAAACUGGACAAAAGCCCAGUCUGACGAUAGAUAACUGGAAUCUGAAUAUAGAAUAAUAAGUAAAAUAAGAUCUCUAUCGCAAUCA